CUGCAGUGGGUGACACGGGCGCUGGACGAGGGCACACAUUGCUGAAUGCCAUGCAGAAUACCCUUGGACCGGCGUGCAUCUUCCUGCGCAAAGGCAUUGCUGAGAAACAUGGGGAGCGGGAACUUGGUGCAGAUGAAAUUGAAGAGCUCCGUGAGGCUUUUGAGGAGUUUGACAAGGACAAAGAUGGAUAUAUCAGCUGUAAAGAUUUGGGCAACCUCAUGAGAACGAUGGGGUACAUGCCGACAGAGAUGGAACUCAUAGAGCUAUCGCAGCAGAUCAAUAUGAACCUUGGGGGCCGCGUGGAUUUUGAGGACUUUGUAGAGAUGAUGACACCAAAGCUUCUGGCAGAGACAGCGGGCAUGAUUGGACUUCAGGAGAUGAGAGAUGCUUUUAAGGAGUUUGACACAAAUGGGGAUGGGGAGAUCACCUUGGAUGAACUGUAUCAAGCCAUGCAGCGGUUGAUGGGGGAGCGCUUGACCCCACGUGAGAUUGCUGACGUGGUGAAGGAAGCCGACGUCAAUGGAGACGGGACAGUGGAUUUUGAGGAGUUUGUGAGGAUGAUGUCACGCUGAUGGAGUUACCCAGUCCUCUCUACUUUCAAGGACCAAAUAACACACUGCGCUUUCAAAAAAAUAAAUACAUGCACAGAAUUCAACAUCAAAUCCCAAUUUCAACUGGAGGAUGAAGUCAGACCUCAGUUUACAAAAGAGACUGAAUGGGGCAAAAGGGUGGGUACAUGAGAGAUGGGAAGGUGGAGGGAGGGACAAAUAACAAGACAGCAAAUAACUUGCAUUGGAAAAACCAUUGUACUGCCAGAAGAGAGCAUGGAAAAGUUACUGUUUGGACUCCAACUCCCAGAAUCCUCCCCCAUCUUAUUGUGGCCCUGCUGGCAGUGAGGGGUUUUGGGGAAUUAGGUCCAAGGAAAGUAACUUCCCAAGUGAUGUGGUCAACAUCCUUUAUCGCAGCUCAAUCCACCCAUCCCCACAAGCAGCUUGCUGAAUUUUGUGGAUGCCUCUCAACCCUACCUCAGAAAUCAAACCCAAACA